CUUGCACUUGCACACUUGUCCUGGCCGUGCGAAGUUCAGGUUACAAACUGCGCCCUGAGCUUUGAAGUUUGGGGAGGAAGCGGGUGGGCUGGUGAGUCAGCUCCAGCCGCUGCGGUGCCCCUAGCUCGAGGACCGCGGGCUCUCGGUUUAAUCCUCUGACCAAACACCAGGAGUCUCUCCUCUACAUUUUUUCCGUCGUCUCUUCCCGGCUCCCAUCUGGUGAUUUGCAGUGCGGCCGCCAGGGCUUUCUACCCUGCGCCCGGGAUCCGGACCCCGGACGUGGGGGAGGUGUCACCGCAAAGGUUCGAGGACUGGGUGGAGCUCACGUUUGCGAACCAGGAGACCCCCCCCCCCCGACCCCCGCCGCCGGCUUUGCUUCAAACACUGAGACACCUCCCCUAGUUAGCCUCCCCACCCCUCCUGGCUUUCUGGAGCUUUGUGCAGCUGCGGGGUGGAGGGGCGGGUACCCUGGGAUCGGCGCGGGGCCGGGGGGCGGACCCUAAAGCCCGGGCCCUCCAGGCGAGGGGGCGGGGCCGAGAGACCCCCCCCCCCUCCCCCUUGCACGCCCCGGCCAGCCGGCCUCUGGGGUCGCGGGAGCGGAGAGCUGGUGCGGCGGCGCCUCCAGUCGCUUCUGCCCGAAGACCGGCGAACGCUCGGCGCUCCCGGGAGGAGGAGGGUCCAGCCCUUCCCCGGCGUCGACCCUUUCGGCCCCGCUGGUUCCCACACGGCCGGCACUUGCGUCUCCCUGGAGCGUGCCCUCGCCCCGCCGCAGGGGUCGCCGGCGAGCUUGCGCGGCCGUGUGGGAGUCUAUCUCCGCGGCGCACCGGCGCCCGCUCCCCCACCGCCGCUCCUGCAGCGGUCCAGAUAAAGACGCCGCCCGGGGCUCGUGCGCGGCCGCGGGACCUCCCUCGCGCGUCCCUCCUGCGGCCGCUGGCGCCUCAACGCGCUCCCCAGGGAUUCGGCGGACGCGGCGCCCCCGAGCCUUCCGUGCAGCCGAGCCGGGGCCGUUUUGGUUUGGAAGAUGACACACAACACAGUUGCCUUUUUCUCUGGCAGCAGACUAGCGGGUGAAAAAGUAUGACACAAGUUUGAUGUUUGUGUCUGCUUCCCCAAGGUCAAGAAAUUAUCUCCUUAGAAGGCAACAGUACUAUGCAUGUUAUGAAUUGUGUCUCCCUGGUCAGCGAUAAAGAAAAUGGGAAUGUCGCCUCGGCAGCUGGAUUCAUGAUCGGGCAAACCCCCCCACCCCCACCACCUCCACCCCCUCCACCUCCACCAUGUCCAUACUCAGGAGAGGGUUUUCUGCCCUCUCCCCCUCCUCCACCCCCUCCUCCACUCCCCGGGGUGCCUCCAGUCCCACCUCCCCCUCCAGGACUACCCCCGGCUUCUCACAUGAACGGCUACAGCCACCUGGGUAAGAAAAAGCGGAUGAGAAACUUUUUUUGGAAAACCAUUCCGGAGGAGCAAGUUCGUGGCAAAACCAACAUCUGGACUUUGGCGGCCAGGCAGCAGCAUCACUACCAGAUCGAUACAAAGACCAUCGAGGAGCUCUUUGGGCAGCAAGAAGACACCACCAAACCUUCCCUUUCUAGGAGAGGAGGAACUUUAAACUCAUCCUUCAGAGACCCUAAGGAAGAGAUUACUAUCUUGGAUGCAAAACGGAGCAUGAACAUUGGGAUAUUUCUUAAGCAAUUUAAGAAGUCUCCUCAGUCCAUCGUAGAAGAUAUUCAUCAAGGAAAGAGUGAACAUUAUGGAUCAGAGACGCUGCGAGAAUUUCUUAAGCUUUUGCCAGAGUCAGAGGAGAUAAAGAAAUUAAAAACAUUUAGUGGAGAUGUGUCCAAGCUGUCGCUGGCAGAUUCCUUUCUGCACUACUUGAUUCAGGUGCCAAACUAUUCACUUCGGAUUGAAGCCAUGGUGCUAAAGAAGGAAUUUUUACCUUCUUGUUCUUCUCUAUACACAGACAUAACAAUUCUAAGAACUGCUACAAAAGAGCUGAUGCUGUGUGAGGAGCUACAUUCAAUAUUACACUUGGUGCUGCAGGCGGGGAACAUCAUGAAUGCAGGAGGGUAUGCUGGCAAUGCAGUAGGAUUUAAACUGUCUUCUUUGCUCAAAUUGGCAGACACAAAAGCAAACAAGCCUGGGAUGAAUCUUCUGCACUUUGUUGCACAGGAAGCCCAAAAGAAAGAUGCCAUUCUUCUAAACUUUUCUGAAAAAUUGCAUCACGUUCAGGAGGCUGCUAGAUUAUCUCUGGAUAACACGGAGGCAGAACUGCGCUCGCUCUUUAUCAGGACGAGAUCUCUGAGGGAAAACAUUCAGCGGGAUGGUGAACUUUGUCAGCAGGUGGAAGAUUUCCUUCAGUUCGCUGUGGAAAAGCUGACAGAACUGGAGCGCUGGAAGCAAGAGCUCCAGGACGAGGCCCACACCCUUAUAGACUUUUUCUGUGAAGACAAAGAAACCAUGAAACUGGACGAGUGCCUUCAGAUCUUUAGAGAUUUUUGUGUCAAAUUCAACAAAGCGGUUAAGGACAACCAGGACCGGGCGGUGCAGGAGCUGAGACAGCUGCAGCGGCUGAAGGAGCAGGAGCAGAAGCGUCGCUCCUGGGCAGCUGGGGAGCUCGGGGGCUUCUGCCGGAGCAGCAGUGAGAAUGAUGUGGAGCUGCUGACCAAGAAGGGCACGGAGGACCUGCCCCCCUUCCUGCAGCCCAGGCCCGUCAGCCCUUCCUACCGACCUCCUAACGCCCGCCGCUCUCGCCUUUCCCUGGGCGCCUUUGCUGACCGGGAGCUGCUGACCUUCCUGGAGAGUUCCACCGGCAGCCCCGAGGAGCCCAGCAAGUUUAACAGCUUGCCCCGGAGCAGCCCCCGGCAAGCCCGGCCCACACUGGCCUGGAUGGAGCCUGGGGGCCCGAGGGCCCAGGACCCCAGCCACGCACGCAGACCUCAGGCCUCACAGAGCCAGGAGGAGGCCCCUGAGCCACCCUCAUCUUGGCAGAGCCAGCUCCCAGUCCCCCGACCCGAGGACCCUGCGCCCCUCUUUCCUCGAGCUCGGCGCAGUGGGGUGGGCAUCCUCCAAAAGAGGAACAGCGAGCCCAUGGGCCUGGCUCCCGCCCGGUCCCCUCCGCUCUCACCAUUGGCUCUGGGGAUUAAGGAGCAUGAGUUGGUGACAGGACUGGCUCAGUUCGACCUCCAGGGACCCAAGGGCCCAGAGGAGGUGCCCCGGCUGACCCUGAAUGACCUCAGCUCCGCGGAGCCCGUGUCUCUGGGGGAUGGGAGCAUGCAGUCCCUUGCUGCCAGCCACAGUGGCCUGCUGCCUGUGAGCUCAAGUGCCCCAGGGGGUCUCAGCCCAGCCCUGCAGGGGAAUAACGGAUCUGCCCCCAACCAACCUAGUGGUGAGGCUCUGGUAUCUGUAGGCAGCAGCGACCCUGAGAGCAAAGACCCCGGCCCUUUGUUCUACAUCUCGGAUGCCACCGACUGCUCGCUAACCCUGGACUGCUCGGAGCCAGGGGAGGGGGGCGGUGGGGAUGGCUCCCUGUCCUCUGGGGCUGGAGAGACAGGCAGCCAGGUCUCCUCUCACCCCCCUGUCAGCCCCCCCGGGGAGGCUUCUGCUCCCCUCUCCGGGAAGAGUGAGCCCAGCUGCAAGGACGCCCUUCCCAGGGACAGACCUGCCAAAGGGAAGGAUGCGACAACACCAAAGAGAAGCUCCCUCAGAGAGGCGUCCCAAGGGACCUCCAAGGCAGUGAAUGCCAGGCGGAGCCAAGGGGCGGCGCCCAAGCCCGUGCGGACCUUGACAGCCUCCGAGAGCGAGAGCAUGCGUAAAGUCGUGCCCAUCUCCAGGUCAAGCCGCAGCUCGGUGGGCUGGAAGCGGCCUUCUGGGGACACCCCCAGCAGCCCAGCACAGCAGCAGUGGUCGCGCCGGAGCUCCGUGCGGGGGACCUCGGACGUGUCGCCCAGGAGGCCCUCUACAGGGGCUGUGACCGUGCCGGAGGAGCCGAAGCUGGCGAGGGGGAGCAGCAGCUCUGGCAGCGUCCGGCCCGGGAAGGAGCACCCCCUGCAGCCCAGGGGGUCGUUCAAGAAGCCCAGCGCCAAGCCCCUCAGGAACGUCCCCAGACAGAAGCCCGAGGAAAAUAAGAUCUGCCGCUCCAACUCUGAGAGCCCCGAAGAGGAGCCCAAGGCCCCGCCGCCCCCCAGCGUCCCCCGUGUCCCACCUCCCGUGCCGAGCUUUGCCCGGAACACAGUUGCGUCCUCAUCUCGGUCCAUGAGAACAGAUUCUCCUCCCGUGGCCAAGGCUCCUGGCAUCACUCGGACUGUUUCCCAGCGUCAGCCGAGGCCGAAGGGUAGCCCCGAGGAUGCCAUCCCCAAGGACAGCGGCACCCUGCGGCGGGCCAGUAGUGCCCGGGCCCCCAAAAAGUGUCCGGAGUCUGCUGGGGGUCCCAGUGCCAACACAGAGACGCCUCCAAAGGGCCGAGGAGCUGGGGAAAGGGCCUCCCUCAGACUGAAAAACUCAGAUCCGACCACACUGGGGAAAAUCCUCGAUCCCUUACGGAAGUGAUAGGUGUCUGUCCUCUCGUUGCUGGGGGCUCAGGUGGUGAGGACGGACUCCUGUGACAGUCCAGCACCGGAUGUCUCUGUUCACAUAAAGUCACCCCCUGGUGCCAGCCACUAACGCUCAUGUCACCGAAGGUGUGGUCCAGGAGGCUGGUGGACUGCCACCCACUGUGACCCCUCCUGCUGUAAAGUCCCCCGUCUGGAUGUGCACCAUGACGGCCGGCACCUCACAUACUCCUCCCCAAGCAGACACCGCAUGAAAAACAUAGAUGUCUGAGAUGACAUUCUUCCGUACGGAGUAAAAGAAUUUUGGCCAGUUUUUCUAUUCCAAACUUAUUUUUGAAUAUUACAAAAACUGCAUAUUUUAGUUCCUUUUGCAGAAUGAAAUGCCUCCUAGGAAAAAAGACAAAACCCUUAAUAUGAAGACAUUUUCAUUUUCCUGUGUUCCCUGGCCUCAGGGUUCCACCUGCCCACACACCGUCCAUUGCUGGCAACUGGACUUCUCUGCAGGCCCUGGGUGCUCUGUGAUUGGCACCGUCUCCUCGAAGGCUCUCUGUGUUGCUCCUCUUUCUGUGUGUGACUUCGGGUGAGGGUUUGCUUGUGAGCAGGAGGGAAAGUGAGACUGGUGUGUGGAAAUCGGAUGCUCCCAUGUGCUCAGGACGGGCACCAUGGGCAGCGCCUUCCCUGCAGACGGGGAGCAGCCCCUGGGAGAAAUGCUGGAUCUUCCGGAACUUAGAAGUGCCAUAUUUUAAUGGAAAGGCAUUGAGGGGCUGUUUGGCUGAGCACACCUGCCCCUUCUGUGUUUUCCCAUUUGUGUAUCUUAUAAAACUGAGUGAAGGCUGCUAUGACCUGGGAUCGCUCUAGUUACAGGGAAAAACAAACCCUUCUGUCUCCCAGUCUUGUCCCUCCCUUCUCUCUCUGCCUGCAGCCAGCCCUUCCUUCUCUUGCGAAUGCAACACAAAGCCGGGAGGGUCUGUGCGUAUUAUUUAUGCCACUGAUGAUGCUUCUUAAUGUCGAUGUCUGUUCUUUGUGGUACAAUGGUUUUUAAGUCCUGAGAAAAAACAAAUUUUUUUAAACCAAAAACAAAAAACAAAAAAAAACUAAAAACAAAAACAAACAAAAAAAAGAAACUACUUUCAGGAGAAUUUAUAUCAUCAGGAAAUUUUUGGGAAAAAAAGGCUUUAUUCAAAAGGGAGAAAACAUGUACUGUUUCUACUCACUGCCCAUUUCACUACUUCCUUUUGAGGCUAAUUAGGAAAUGAAGCAAUUCUGGAAACUUUCUUGUUAUUUUAAAGUCACCCCCCACUCUUUUUCACUUUUGGUCAUUUAUUGAAAUUGUAGUGACACCUUGGUGUAGAUCCAACAGUGGUAAAUGGAUUUCAGCGAAUCCACAUGGUUGAUGUUACAGUCUUCCUCCUGUAGAAUGUUGCCUUUCAUCCAAAUUAAUUGGAAACUGAGCUUCCCUAAGUCAGCCAAAUUGAAAAGGUAAAUUUUAUGAUUGAAGAAGUAAGGCACCUGACCGCAAAAUCUCUUAUAAAAAUAGCCUUGAAUACGUAUUUCACGGGCCCCACAAAAUGGUUAUGGGAAUCCUAUAGUGUUUUUCACCAUCUCAAAAAGCCUAAGAAAUCAUAUAUUUAACCAUGCAGAUAACAACAUUCAAGGCACAGGGCCCAUGGUUGGGUGGAAAAGGACGAAAGAGAUCAAAAGUUUGUGGAUAGCGAUGGGGUCAGGACCUCCAGGUAGAAUCCUGGGAACCAGGGUCCCAGUCCCUGCUUGGUCACUGAUGCUAUGUGACUUUGGCAAAUCACCCCGUCUCCCUAAGCCUCUGUUUCCCAGUCUACGGAAGUCGGGGCACGGCUUCGGUGAUGGCUUCUAAAGGUCCCUUAGCUCAAAGAGGGAGCUAUUAUUAUCAACAACCAAGGACCCACCUGCCCCAGGACCAGCUUCUCCAAACCAACGCCCAGCACCUCCGUAGCAGAGGCCUCAACGUCAAAGGCCUGCUUAAAAUAAAGCACCUUCAGAAUGUGUUGUUGCUUUGAAAUCUAAUAAGCUGAGUUUCUUGAGAAGCGGCAUUUUACUUAGCCCUGUGGACCCUAUGUGUAUGCAUCUGUGUGAGCAGGUGAUCAUUCUAUUACCUUUUAUUGGUAGUAAGCUUUGAAAAAUAAUUUAAGUAUCUAAUGCAGAAAUGUAAAUAAAUUUCUAUAUAAAUUUGUUUAAGAUGAACUGAAUGUAUUUAAAGGCUCAUUUAUAUGUUCUUUUAUGUAACAUGUAGUUUAAUAAAGUUCCUGUUUAUGGGAGUUGUGUUUUAUCCUCAA